AUGAGUGCUCCGAUGGAUAUUUCUGCUCCGGAACAAUCCUCCGCCGCCGCCAUUGUUGGGGAAGCAAAUGGAGCAGUCCCGCAGCCGCUUCCUGCUUCUCCUUUUCCUCCUCCUCCCCCAGUUUUAACCGAUGAUAGACUCCCCGUUUCAGUGGAAGUUUGCUUGAAAGCUACUAGCACAGCUCGUAUUGAAGAUGUUCGGUCAGCUGUUGAGAGAAUGCUGGACAAUAGGAGCAUGAGCUAUGCUGAUGGCUCUAUUCCUGUGCCUUUGGAUGAUCCAUUUCUUUUCCAAAAUGUGCAGAGAAUUGCCAUCUGUGACACAGAUGAAUGGCUGGAGAACCAUGAUGUUCUCUUGUUUUGGCAAGUGAAACCUGUUGUGCAUGUUUUUCAGCUUAAUGAAGAAGGACCUUGUGAAGACUUAGAUGGCGAUGGUCAGCUUUCAAGCUUCAAUGAGUGGAUUCUCCCUGCAAAAGACUUUGAUGGCAUGUGGGAAAGCUUGAUAUAUGAACCUGGGCUCAAGCAGAGAUUAUUGCGCUAUGCAGCUAGUGCUUUGCUUUUUACUGAAAAGGGUGUUGAUCCUUUUCUUGUCUCUUGGAACCGAUACCCACAGUGCCAACUGGUCGAAGUAAAUGCACACUCCUUGUUCAGUAAAUGGUUUUCUGAGAGUGGCAAAUUGGUGGCAAAGCUUUUUACAAAAAUUCAGGAAAUGGUGGAGGAAGAAAACAAUCUGGUUUUUGUUUUGAUUGAUGAAGUUGAAAGCCUCGCUGCUGCCAGAAAAGCAGCAUUGUCUGGCUCCGAGCCUUCAGAUUCUAUACGGGUUGUUAAUGCCUUGCUAACCCAGAUGGACAAACUAAGAUCCUCCCCAAAUGUGAUUAUAUUGACUACCUCCAAUAUCACUGCUGCUAUUGAUGUAGCCUUCGUGGACCGAGCCGACAUUAAAGCAUAUGUGGGGCCUCCAACCCUUCAUGCACGCUAUGAAAUUUUAAGAUCCAGUUUUCAAGAGCUAUUACGAACUGGAAUCUUGUCAGAUGCUAACUUUAAGGAUGGUCGUGAAGUCCUUAUUCCAACAUUUGCUGGUGCUAAAGAUGUACAGUCAGAAUUUCCAGCCUUAUUGAUUCUAAGCAAAAAGCUGCUCGAAGCUGCUGAAGCUUGCGAGGGUUUGAGCGGAAGAUCACUCAGGAAGCUUCCAUUCUUAGCACACGCAGCGCUUAAGAAUCCAUACUGUUGUGACUCUCACACUUUUUUGAAAACAUUGGUGCAAACAGCUAUGCGAGAACGUUCAGAGAUGCCCGAUUAA